AUGGCGAGCAACUCAAAAUCUGCAGUGACAGAGUCCACAACUCGGCUUGCUGAAAAGGACGAUCCAGUCCUCUCCAACCUUCAAGACUUCAUCGUCAGACAUGGUAUUUAUCUGUCACCAUCACUUUCCUUCCGCCGCGUUCCCGGCCGCGGCGUAGGAGUCUACAGUACCACACGCCUUCGUAAAGGAGAGCGCAUCAUGGACGUUCCCAGCUCUUUAUUACUCACUACAGCAUCUAUCCCAUUCAAUUUUGCUCCCAAAGAACUCAGGUCGAAGCUUCCGGUCCACGUUCUCUUAGCGGUAUAUCUUGCCUUUGGCGUGUCGGAGCAAAAGAAGCAGGAGCUACAGCCAUGGAUGGCGACGUGGCCCAAAGUGCAGGAUUUCACAGAGUCCAUGUGUCUUUUCUGGCCAGAGAAGACGAGAAAACCCGUCACUGUACGGACCGGUAGAGGAGACGAUCAUGGUCAUGGGGAUAUUUCAGCUGGUCAAAAGAACAAGACUGCGACAACCUCUGAUCAACACAUCACGUUCCGCCCAGUGCCGCAGACCUUGACUGGAUCAUGGCUAGGAGCAAGGGAAGAUGGACAGAUUCUGGAGUCUGAAAAGCCAAAAUUUCUCGACUUACAGCUCGCCAAAUUUCAGUCGCAUAUCGCAUUGGCCAAUCAGCAUUUUCCAACGCAUCUCACGAAAUCGGCCUUGUCGUCCAAGGCCUCUCAGCCCCUUACCACAUUCACGCAUGCCUGGGCGAACGUCAACUCUCGAUGCUUCUAUCAUGUGGCCCCAGGUAAGCGAGCACCAAAGGACAGCAAUGAAGCAAUGGCCAUGGUACCUGCGAUGGACCUUUUCAACCACAGUCACAUGGCGAACUGUAACACGUCGUACGACCGCAAGGGAUUUCACGUCGUGACGGAGCAAGCCAUUUCGGCGGGUCAAGAGCUGCUGCUCAGCUAUGGUGCUCACAGUAACGACACGCUAUGGACGGAAUAUGGGUUCAUCAUGGAUCCCAAUGGAGAUGACAGUAUCCGCGGCUUUGAUGAAGUCGUGCUUGAUGGACUGACGCCGAUCGAGAUGGAUGUCUUGGAAGGCGUAUCAUAUCUGGGCAACUACACAUUGACAGCGCAAGGGCUCUGCUGGCGUACUGAAGUCGUGUCGUGGUUGGGCAUCCUAUCGAGAAAUCAGUGGUUCCGAUUCAUUGAGGGAACACUUACUCCCGAGACGAUUGACCGACUACAUCUGCAGAAAACCGGGAACGGGAGUGUCAAGAGGAGAAAAGGAAAUAACACGACUGUUGCGGCUCAGGCCGAUGUUGAUGUCGUGCUGCCAAGUGCCAGAGCUCGCGACAAGCAAAUUCACUGGCUGACUCAACUGAAGACACAGGCGGAGCUCAGCGUGCAGGGGUUGACGCUUCUUGACCAGAUGGCCUCUGAGAAAGAUUUGCUUGACAUUUUUGCGGACGUGGAGGAAUUAUUCAAGGCGCAGGGAUUCGAGAAAGCCCAGGUGGACGAUAUGAUGCGAUUGCAGGCAAAACAACGGCGUGGCAUGUGUUUGCAGAGAUGGAGUCAGAUACUUGAUACCUGUAGGUUGGGGAUAGAGAAACUGAGGAAAGAGAACACAGACAAGUAG